UCGGCAAAGGAGAAAUGUUCACCAACAGGGAUGUAUUCAAAUUUGUGCAUACAAUUUAAGAAAAAUAAGCUUUUUUUUUCUUCUGCAUAUGGAAAAUGUCUGUGAUUUUUUUUUUUUAUUAAAAAAUCUGCUAAUUUAACAUGGGACCAACACUUAACAUGUGUUGAUAUAGUUGUUCUGAGUGGUGGUUUCAGUAACAAUGGAUUCAGCACCAUGGACAGCACCACUUCUCCAUGCAGCAGACAGUAGAGAGGGAGAAAACCACGUCGGAUCAGGCUACGAUUUAUUUCUGCAGAAUAAAAUCAUGCACUCUGGACUGUGGUUUAAGGCCGAUGGGAAAUUACAAUAAUCCUAAUCUUUGAAUUUAGAAAUAGAUAGUACAGCCUGCUGUCAAUCUCUAAAUUAUGAACAAAUGGACUUAUUGGAUGGUUUGGCCACCACAUUUAGAAAUGUACAUUUAAAUGUAAAUUAGGUUUAUAUGCUAUUAAUACGUUCUUAUGGAUAUUUAAAAUGCAAAUUAAAAAAUUAAAGAAGAGAUGCAUAGAACACUAUUUGCCUCUGUACAGACCUUGGGAAACCUUGCAUGCCUGAGGCAACCUCUUUCUCUCUCCUCUCUGUCUGUCUGUCUGUCUGUCUGUCUCUCUGUCUGUCUGUCUGUCUGUCUGUCUGUCUGUCUGUCUGUCUGUCUGUCUGUGCUCAUGCGUUCUGUUGGUUCUGUAAAAGCGAUUAUCACCAGCUGUUGGUGCACGUGGUUUCUAAAAGCAAAACACCGAAGAGCGCGCAGAGAGAGAGAGAGAGAGAGAGAGAGAGAGAGAGAGAGAGAGAGAGAGAGAGAGAGAGAGAGAGAGAGAGAGAGAAUCACAUAUAGUUUCUCAUUCAGCUCGAGGAAGAAACACAGCCCAGCCGCACAUCGCGGUUUGAGUGACACGGAUACAGGUUUACAGCACAGACGGAGUGAGAGAUUGGAAAAGAGAGGGAUAGACAGGGAGAGAGAGAUAUAAUGGAUAGAGUGAGGAAAUAAAUAUUGGAUUAAUAAAAAAAAUACACCAACGGAGGACUAUUUUUUCCCUCUCUCACGUGAAUGGGAAUACAGCGGGAUAUGAUAUGGAGUCUCGUGAGCUGUUUUUCAGUGUGUUUGAUUGACAGACUUUUAGCACCGCUGAACACCUGACGGUGGAAGGGACAUGCAUAACGCCAGCCACCGCCUGGCAGAGAACGAGAGCGAGCCUCAUCUGCCCGACCCACACACGGAUUUACCCGCCACUCGUGCACUCAUCGGCUGCGUCCUCGCACUGCUCAUCCUCUGGACGUUACUGGGCAACUUCACGGUGUGCGCGGCGGUUCUGCGUUACCGGCACCUGCGCGCCAAAGUCACCAACAUCUUCAUCGUGUCUCUGGCGCUGUCGGACCUCCUCGUGGCGCUGCUCGUGAUGCCGUGGAAGGCGGCAGCAGAGGUGGCAGGGUUCUGGCCCUUUGGUGCGUUCUGUGACACCUGGGUGGCGAGCGACAUCAUGUGUUCCACGGCGUCCAUCUUGAAUCUGUGCAUGAUCAGUGUGGACCGCUACUGGGCGAUAUCCAGCCCGUUCCGUUACGAGCGGAGAAUGAACCGCCGCGUGGCCUUCGUCAUGGUCGGCGUGACCUGGACGGUCUCCGUGGUGAUAUCAUUUGUGCCCGUUCAACUCCACUGGCACCGGGCUGCGAUUACCGGAAAUAGCGGGAGCGGUGACGAAUUUACCCGGGACGUUACCGGAUUUAACGUCAGCGGGGUAUAUCAACUCCACAGGGCGGCGGAGGAGAACGGCUGGGACUGUGACUCAAGUCUGAGUCGGACCUACGCCAUCUCCUCCUCGUUGAUCAGUUUCUACAUCCCCGUGGCGAUCAUGGUGGUCACCUACACACGUAUCUACCGGAUCGCCCAGGUCCAGAUACGCAGGAUAUCCUCUCUGGAGCGAGCCGCAGAACACGCGCAGAACUGCCGCUCGGACGCGCACGUGGAUGUGGAUGCAGAUGGGCACGUGCACGCUUUCCACCGCCGUCAUCAUCCUCCUCUUCGUUCUAAACACCGCUGCUCCAUCUUUCUCCAAACUACCAAUUCCCCAAAACAUCAUCAUCACCCUGAUCUUCCUCCCCCACACCGGGCCCUGAGGUACUCCAUUAGGAAGGAAACCAAGGUUCUGAAGACUCUGUCUGUCAUCAUGGGCGUGUUCGUCUUCUGCUGGUCCCCCUUCUUCAUCCUCAACUGUGCCAUGCCUUUCUGCCCAGGUCCAGGUACAGCCUCCAGAACUGUGUCAGACCCCUCCUCCCAAUCCUCCCACCUGUACUGUGUCAGCGAAACCACCUUCGACGUCUUCGUUUGGUUCGGUUGGAGCAACUCGUCCUUAAACCCCGUCAUCUACGCCUUCAACACUGAGUUCCGCGAGGCGUUCCUCCGCUUGCUGGGUUGCCGUGGAGACAACGGGUGCUUCGGCGGCUGGACGACGAGCGUCACGCGCGCGGAGAGCUUUGUCUUGGCGAGCAACGAGGCCGUCGGCGCCGUGACGGAGAAGAAGAACUCGCUCCACACAAUGGAGAUGGGCGUGGCUUACGAUACCGGCUGUGGCGCCGGUAGAGGUAGCGUCACAUCUGGUGUAAUCCGCGACCCGGUUAGGGGGAGGGUGCUACCGGCACCGUUAACGGACCGUAGAGGAGCUGUAGAGGAGCCGGUGUGUGACUGUGAGGUGGAUCCGGUUAGAGGAAGAGGGGACAGCGUGGCAGGUCUCUCUCGGACGCCACCGGCAACGUUAACGAACUGUAGAGGGACGAUAACGCAACCAGAGGCGGUGUGCGCCUGUCCCAUGGAGGAUUGUAAAAUAGACGUAACGGACAGGGGACAACGGACUCAGAUGAUUCCCUCACAAACUUUCUAAUGAACUUUCAAACUGUGCCAAACUGACCGUACCAUUGAUGUCUGUAGUCGUUUCAUUUUAAAUGAAUCCACUACUACUAUUGUCUCAGCUGUUAAUCGAUUACAUAUAUCCAGGAAAUAGCUAUAACAGGUUUAUCCAAAACAUUCAUUGGCCAAUUUGAUGAAAAAGCAUUGAGGAUUGAUUAAAACAGGGACAUUUUCCACCAAUGCUCUAGACUAAGGUUUCUCCAGCUGUAGUUCCUGAACCCCCAGAGCUCUGUGAUAUAUUGCUGAUCUGACCUGUUUUUAUGGAAGUGGUCCCUCAAGGAUAAAAGGAUAGUAAUGGUAAUGAUGGUAAUGAUAGUAAUGGUAAACAACCACAUUGAAAAACACUGUUCUAUGCUGCCAUUGCAUUAGGUCAACAUUAUUAGGUCAACAUCAUUAGGUCAAUAUGAACUCCUGAUUGGUGUAGGUCAAUAUCAUUAGGUCAAUAUCAACUCCUGAUUGGUCUAAGUCUGCGAAGGGGAUAGAAUGUUAGAAGAGUAGAAUAGAUCUUCCCUGAGCUGAUCUAGAUUUCUAUUUCUACUGCCGUCUCUCAACCGUCAUUACCAUCAUAUCUGUUCUGGACCCGUGGGCUUUAUUUGUUGGGGAAGUGUGACACCGCCUGCGUCUGAAAUGGCACCCUCUUCCCUAUGUAGUGCACUACUUUUGACCAGGGCCUAUAGGGCUGUAGUGCACUACUUUUGACCAGG